AGUUUCCGUCUCUUCGUCCAUUUUCGCACAUGGUAUCGCACCGGCGGAGCAUCGUUAGCCUCGCAUUUUAUGGGAUUUUGCUCCCUUGUUGACGAAAUUUAGCCGUGAAGUACAGUUAAAUGCAAGGUACGGUGGAUAUGGUGGACGACCCAGAGUAUGAGGAGGAGGAACCUUCCUUCAGCGACCCGGAGGACUUCGUAGAUGACAUCGACGAUGACGAGCUUCUGGGUGACAUUUUGCGGGAGAAACCCCAGGAGGCUGAUGGCAUAGACUCAAUGGUGGUGGUGGACAACGUGCCUCAGGUGGGCCCAGAGCGCUUGGAUAAACUCAAGAACGUCAUACACAAGAUUUUCUCCAAGUUUGGCAAAAUCACGACUGAGUUUUAUCCAGAUGCUGAUGGCAUGACCAAAGGAUAUAUUUUCUUGGAGUAUGCUGCUCCCACUCAGGCACUUGAGGCAGUGAAGAAUGCAGACGGAUACAAACUUGACAAACAACAUACAUUCAGAGUCAACCUUUUCACUGAUUUUGACAAGUACAUGAACAUUAGUGAUGAGUGGGAGACCCCAGAGAAGCAGCCUUUUAAAGACUUUGGCAAUAUGCGUCAUUGGAUCGAGGACUCAGACUGCCGUGAUCAGUACAGUGUGAUCUAUGAAGCUGGAGAGAGGACUGCCAUUUUCUCAAAUGAUGUUAAAGAGCCAAUCACAGCUGAGGAAAGAGCACGCUGGACGGAGACGUAUGUUCGCUGGUCUCCUAAAGGCACCUACCUGGCCACCUUUCACCAGCGUGGCAUUGCAUUGUGGGGCGGCGAGAAGUUCAAACAGAUUCAGAGGUUCAGCCAUCAGGGCGUGUCCCUCAUUGACUUUUCACCAUGUGAGAGGUAUGUGGUGACCUUCAGUCCAUUGAUGGACACAAAGGAGGAUCCUCAGGCCAUCAUCAUAUGGGACAUUCUGACUGGACAGAAGAAGAGAGGUUUCCACUGCGAGAGCUCUGCACAUUGGCCCAUAUUCAAAUGGAGCCACGAUGGAAAGUUCUUUGCUAGGAUGACUACAGACACGCUGAGCAUUUAUGAAACUCCUUCAAUGGGCUUGCUGGACAAGAAAAGUCUCAAGAUUACUGGGAUCAAGGACUUCUCAUGGUCUCCUGGUGACAACAUCAUAGCUUUCUGGGUACCUGAGGACAAGGACAUCCCAGCGAGGGUGACUCUGAUGCAGAUGCCUUCCCGUCAAGAGAUCCGUGUGCGGAAUCUCUUCAAUGUGGUUGACUGCAAACUGCACUGGCAAAGAAACGGAGAUUAUCUGUGUGUGAAAGUGGACAGGACUCCCAAAGGGACCCAGGGUGUUGUUACCAACUUUGAAAUCUUCAGAAUGAGAGAAAAGCAGGUUCCUGUUGAUGUGGUGGAAAUGAAGGAAAGCAUCAUAGCGUUUGCGUGGGAGCCCAAUGGCAGCAAGUUUGCUGUUCUCCACGGAGAGUCUCCAAGAAUUAACGCCUCCUUCUAUCAUGUCAAAAACAACGGCAAGAUUGAGCUCAUAAAGAUGUUUGACAAGCAACAGGCCAACAGCAUCUUCUGGAGCCCUCAGGGACAGUUUAUGGUGCUGGCUGGACUCAGAAGUAUGAACGGAGCGCUCGCCUUUGUGGACACGUCAGACUGCACUAUGAUGAACAUAGCAGAGCACUACAUGGCAUCUGAUGUGGAGUGGGACCCAACUGGGCGAUAUGUCGUUACCUCCGUCUCCUGGUGGAGCCACAAGGUGGACAAUGCGUACUGGCUGUGGACGUUCCAAGGCCGUCUCCUUCAGAAAAACAACAAGGACCGCUUCUGUCAGCUGCUCUGGAGACCCAGACCUCCCACUCUGCUCAGCAUAGAUCAGAUCAAGAUGAUCAAAAAGGAUCUUAAGAAAUACUCAAAGAUCUUUGAGCAGAAGGAUCGUCUGAGCCAGUCAAAGGCUUCAAAGGAGCUGGUGGACAAGCGCAGGGCCAUGAUGGAAGAGUACCGUCGCUAUCGUGAGACAGCACUGCAAAUCUAUCUGGAACAGAAGAGCAUUCGCCUUGAGCUCAGAGGAGGAGUUGACACUGAUGAGCUAGACAGCAAUGUGGAUGACUGGGAGGAGGAGACCAUUGAGUUUUUUAUCAACGAAGAAAUCAUUCCCCUUGGAGAUCUGUAGUCCCCUACGCAGUCCAUCCAUUUUUGUGUGGAAGGAGGAGAGAGGGACGGUGUCUUUGAUUGGAGGACGACGACCACACUGUGAAUCUUGGGUUCAUCUUGAGCCUCAAUUUUCAACUUCAGUGGCAUCAUCACAGCACGCCACAUUGAGGGACAAGAGAAGAUAUUUUGUAUCACAUAUUCUCUCUUUGUCUGUCAUCAUCUACCCUAUUUUCUUCUCUGUGGAACUUGAUAUUCACUAAUACUGCCUCCUUUUUUCUAGUCAUUGGUUGGGAGUAAUCAACUUUCAGCCCCAUAUUGUGGGACAUUCUUCCUCUUGGGGUUGUUUCAGAUCCAGCCACAUCAUGCUAGUGUGUUACUACAGGACAGCACAGAGUGCCAUAACAGUGCAGGAUGGAGGUGUUCAGACUAAACACAUAGCCUUGUCAAUUAAUGUGCUGGUGUGGCAUUAUAGUGGCCUGUAUCCUCCUCCUUUCAGACUCUGCUUUCACACAGGGAGGGGGUGCGCAGUGGGAAUAACUUUAAAUAAACAUUCAAAAACAA